ACAGCUCCUUCAAAACACGGUCUUUUUUCUUUUGCCCCUUCUCUCUCUUUCUCUCCCUCUCAGUUGCUAUUGUGCUACAGAGGUGCUUCUGGUGGGGAAGCUGAUGCCAUGGAUGUGUAAGUGGAUGGUGCUGUUUUCUCUUUUUCUUUUCUUCUUUCCGGUUUCUCCUAUCCAUUAAUUGUGAGCUGGGAAGUGAAAGGGUGAAAGCAAGUCCGUCCCUUCCUGAUCGCUCCUGCAAGUUUCAGUUUUUUUUUCCCCUCUCUUUGGCUCCAAUUUGGUCAUCUCAAGCAACGGUUGUUUGGGAAAGCUGUAAUUUUGAUAGGGUGUGGUUCAAUUGAUGUUGAAAAGUUUGAUUUUUGAGGCACAAUAAUCAGGUCAAGGGAGGAGAAAAAAGCUGGUUGGAAUUUUGGAUUUUGAUGUUCGCUUUGUCUUCUUGAGGGGUCUCAGGAGCCAAGUCCUUUGUUAUGGUGGAGGCUAAGCAAAAGAGAAGCCCCAGUAGAACCAGAACUUUUGGGACAGUACAACUGCUGGAUCAUAUAGAGAUAACAGAGAGGACCUUCUUCAGAUGUUAUUAUCCAGUGGAAAUUCUCCAGAUACAAGAUGCUCCUUCAAGCUUCCAGAAGUAAGGACUAAUGAGAGGGUUUCUUCGAGAAACCUACCGUCCCAAGAGGAAUUAGAUCCACCAAUCCUUGGAGAGAGAGCUCCCAAUUUCUCCAUAAGAGAUUAUGUCUUUGCAUCACGUCACCAAGGGAUUGAAGUGUCUUGGCCGUUUGCCCCACAGUUCUUGAAGUUUUGCUUGAAGCAUGGUGUCAAAGAGUUGUUGCCACCUUUUGAACACCCUGAUAUAUUGAGAGUUAAUUGUCUCAGAAAAUUGGAAGCAGUAACUCAACCUACUGUUGGUUUAGAAGCUGAAACAGUUUCUUCAAACUUGGAUAUCAUUGCACCAAUAAUUGAUGAUCAAUCCGAUGAAGAUCCUUCUAGUGUGCCAAAGGAUUCAGGAUUAACCUUGAAGGAACCUGUUUUAGCUCCAUCCAUCCAUCUAUCAUCAAAGGAAACAAAAUCUACUUCUAACUUUGGAUUAUUUGUGAAUGAGUUGAGCCAUAGUGAUGCUGGAAUUCCUUCAACAUCCGGGACAUCUCAACAAACUGAAGAAAUUUCAAGUCAGAUUGGUAAUCCUCUUUCUGUAUCUCUAGACAAAUCUACUACAACACAGUCACAGUGUGAGGUUUCUGAUCCUACCCGUGCUCUUGAAAAGUUGUGUGAACCUUUGGCUAAAAGAAACAGGCUGAUAGUCAAAUUGGCUUCAGCCUCGGAAACCAGACAAACAGAAGAUGCUGUAAAAAAUUCUGGCAUAAUACUGCAUCCUAUGGCUUCAAAGGUCUGCCCAGUCUGCAAAACAUUUUCUUUUACUUCUAAUACCACUUUGAAUGCACACAUAGACCAAUGUCUCUCAAUGGAGUCUAACUCUAAGGGCGUGCAGAAUAAUGUUUCAAUAUAUAAAGUCAAGCCAAACAAAAAGAGGUUGAUGGUGGAUAUAUAUGCGAGUUCUCAUUGUUGCACUCUUGAAGAUCUUGAUAAGAGGAAUGGUACAAACUGGAGCUCUGAAAUGGCAAUAAUGACAAUGCCAACUAAUGGUGUGGAUGUGCUGACCAAAAGACAAGUUUCACCAAUUCAUUCUGAAUAUGAUAGGACCGAACCAGUGUAUGUUGAUUCACAUGGUAUAAAGCUUAGGAUUUUGUCCAAGUUAAAUGAACAAGAGGUAUCACAUGAAAAGUUUAAGCUCAGGAAACAAGCAAAAGAAUCAAAGGCGAGUGAGGCUCUUUCAAUUAACAAGAAAAAGAAAUUUGCAUCAAAAUAUAUGAAAGUGAAAGCACAAAAUGAGAAAUGUUUCUCAUCCAACUUUACAAAGUCACAGAUCCAUGUUACCGAUAAGUUAGAUUGCAACACAGAGAGUCAUCAGAAGAAUGGCAAAUCUCCGACACAUGUAUCGAAGCCAGAAGAGAGAGAGAAGAUCAUUCCAUUUGCAACAGUAAAACAGUGGGCACGCGCUAAGCGCUCACAGGUUCGAAAAAAGUUGGCCAUAGAAGACAAUUGUGGUACCUCUGGGGACAUGGUACCUUCUUACAUGAAUGUUCAACCAGAUUCAGGUAACUCAUUCUCUAGGUCAGCUGAAGAGCUGACUGGUUCUUCAAAGACAAAGAAAGUUAAUUUCCUAAAUGAAGCUUGUAGCAUGAAUCAAGAGCAUGGGUCUACGGAAUUGCCUCAGCCAAACAGCAUACAUUCUGAAGAUUUGACCACAACCAAUAGUCUUGUUUUGAAAUUAUCUAGAUCAUCAGGGAGCUUUACAUGUUCAUCAGUGUUGAAAUUAAAAGACAAGGAUGUUGGGAUUUGGGAAAGGUUCAAUAGCGCUUCUAAUAGGAAAACAGUGAUGCUGAAAGCCCAAAGAAGUUCAGCUUCAAAGGAUAAUGACACAACUAAGUGGCAACUUUGUAAAGAAGGAAGGAAAGUUGGAGCAAUUGAGAAACCAUCGAUCUCAAAAAAGUUAUGCAAGUACAGAACACUCUCAAGGUCUGUUCCAAAAGGAGAACUUCCAGCAUUGAGCAAUGCAGGUUCGUCUAGCGCUGCAGGUUAUGAUUCCCUUCUCAGAGUAGAUGGAAAAGAAACAAUAGGAUCUAACCAAUUUUCUGCACGGAGGAAUAAUACAAUGUUUGGAAAAGGAUCUAUGAAUGAUGUAAUAGCUCGACACCCAAACAUAAUUGAAUACCAGGAAAACAACAAUUCAACAAAUCUGAGCUCACAAACUCAAUCCCAUGGAACAGAAAUUGAAACUUCAGGCAUGCAAAUGGAGAUAUUGGAGUCUAGAGAUGAUACGACCAAAUCUUCCAUGGAGAAAACUACUGUUCCUGUUGUUCACGAUAGUGUAAACUCAGAAAAGGCUGCACCACCUCUUGGUGCAGAAUUAGAUUCUUGUCAAUCUGAAGAACUUGCAAGUGAAGCCCACAUAGAACAGUUCAAACAACAUUUCAAAUAUCAAGAGAAGUUUCAAGGUGACAGUAAUUUUAAUGAGAUUGGAUACCAGCAGAUUAAAUUGGCAGAGGUCAGAGGCCGAAAAGAUUCUCAUUUGAUGCAGCCAGGGCAAGAUCAGGCUGAUACUCUUUCUCUUCAUGAGUCUAGUGGUUGUUUGACUUGUCACAAUGAUGAGCUAGAAAGGAGUUCAUCAAUAAACUCCAUAAGAAUUACAGCAAAUCAUUCAAAGAAUGUAUCUGACAGGGAACCAUCUGGAUCUCCCAUUUCAACUGAGUCAACCAUCUCUUUACCAUCUCUGUCAGAUUUCAAAUUCCAAGAUGCUGAAAAAUUAUCCAGAGCUACUAGUGUCAAUGAUUACCAAAUUUCUGUAGUUCCUUCUGCAAAAAGUAUUGAAGUAGCUCAGGAGAGAAACUUGGAGAAUAUAGAACAUGAAACUAAAGACAACAUGCCAGAUAAAGAACUUCAUCAGUGUGAGGAUGCUAAUUGCUUAUGCGGCUCAUGUAGAGAAAAAAUUGACAAAGAUUCUAUACUGUUUAGAGAAAAUGGUGCCGAUAGGACUACCACCUCAAAGUUGGUGUCAGACUUGUCCAUUGGACCAAGGAACUCAUCCUGUUUUACUCUAUACCAGAAUCGUAAUGAUAAUAUGAUAAACAACUCAGAGAUUGGACCACCCCAAAAGUUAACUUUGCUGAAUAGCUCACCAGAUUUGUCAGUCAAUUUUCCAACUCGUAGCAAUACAUGUUCACCCAGGCCGUCACUUCAAUCACAGAAUCAUUCUGUUUCCAGUCCUAUGCUAAGGUUGAUGGGUAAAAACUUACUGGUCCAGAACUGUGAAGAAGUUGUGCAAAGUCAGCCUGCAUUCAAUAGCACUCAACAGGUAAAUCUUUCUGGUUCUGAAUAUGAAUUGACCUACAGACACACGAAGCAGGGCAACUUUCAGUAUCAGCAUAAUCAUCUUGUGACUAGGCCUCCUCCAACUCUUUGCCAAACUGUUCCUCCAGUUGAUCACCAGAUUCCACUGAAUUUACCUCGAAGGCCAAUUGGCGGUGGCUUUACAUGGGCUCCAGUACAACCAGGUUGCACAGCUAAUCUCAAUCAACAGAUUCAGCAAUGGCAACUGCGUAAAGACCCUCAUCUAUCUUAUCAAAUAAUGGAUCAGGUGAUUGUGAUUGAUGAUCCUUGGCAUGAGAAUGAUGCAAGAGGAUUCAUAACAAGUUCAGCAAGCAAUUUCCCUCCCCCAAACUCAGUUGAUCCUUUUUUGCCUCAUACUUCAUUCUCCUGCUAUCCAUUACAAAACAAAAUGGUAGAACAUGUGAGACCCUUGUUCCCUAAUAUUUAUUCAAGUGCCAGUGCCAGUGCCAGUGCCAAUGCCAAUGCCAGUGCCAAUGCCAGUGCCAGUUUUACGAGUCAGAAAAUCACCUCAGAAAACCAGGGUCCCUUUAUGCCAAGCCCCACCUUAUUCCAGUCCCUCCCAGGUCAAAGAGCACCUGUAACGUACUACUCUAGGAACCUGCAUUGGUCAUAAACAAAGACCUCUAUGUAAGUCAUUUGGCAGAUGAACUUUAAUGCAUCAAGCAAAUGAUAUUCUCAUUAAAUGAACUAGCUGGCAAAAUUGUUUAUAGACCUUGUAUUUGGUUCCAUGUUCUGAUACUCAUGCUUAAAGGAUUACAUGUAUUUCUUU